UGAUCUCCGGCCACGCCGUCACCAGCUGAAGGCCCCCCCCCACUCGGUCUCCCUCCUGCGUCGCCUGUGGGGCCUGCCGACUUCGCUCGCAUACAUUGGGAGGCUGCUGCUGCUGCUGCUCAGCCCCUCAGCUCGACGCCGCGCGGCAUCCCUCGGGCCACGCGCACGCCCCCCCCCCACGGCACCGGCAGCUGCGAUGGCAUCGGUGAUGUCCGGCGCCGUCGACUGGCUGCUCCUACCCUUCGACCUGUACGUGGAGAUCUUCCAGUACCUGACGGCGGGCGAGCGGGCGAGCGCUCGCGUCGCCUGCCGGGCGUUCCGCGCGCUCCUCGACCACCCGUGCCUGUGGCACGACCGCACGGUGCGCCUGCGCGAGCUGCACCGCUACGACGCUCGCACGUGGCGCACGCUCCAGGGCCGGCGCGUCAGCCGCGUCGAGCUGGCGCGCGCCGCCGCCAAGGACCUGCGCCGCCUGGCCGAGGGCCUGCCCGACGUCACGGCCGUGCGGCUCACGGGCUCGCCCCGCGCCGGCGCGCUGGCGCCGCUGGCCGCGCUGGCGAGGCUGCGCGACGUGUGGCUCGACGACUGCACGCGGCUGUCGGGCGCCGAGCUGCUGCGCGACGUGGCGCCCUUCACGGGCCGGCUGACGCACCUCACGCUGGGGAACCUCACGAGCUUCGGCGACGACGACCUACGCCAGCUGGCGCGGCUGCAGAACCUGGAGGCGCUUUCGCUGCGUCGCUGUCUCAAGAGCUCCGGCGGGUUCAGCAUCUCGGGCCCUGCGCUACAGUACGUGCUGUUCCGGCUGCCCAAGCUGCGCUCGCUGGCGCUGUACGCAGCCGGGCUAUCGAGCGACGGGCUCUCCCUCGCCUUCACGCCGCCCUGCCAGGACCCAGAGGGCGAUCUCCCCUGCAUCAAGUCGCUGGCGCUGGAGAACCUGGGGCUGACGCACUCGCUGAGCUGGCCGCUGUCGGACGAGGCGCUGGAUCAGCUGGCGACCGUGCGCACGCUCCUUGUCAACUCGUGCUACCUGUUCCGGCGGAGAGACCUGCCCAUCCGCGAAGUCACUGCUAUCUUCCAGCGCCUACCCAAUGUCGUGCACCUCGACCUGGGAUCCACGAACUGCAAGAACGCGGUGCUGGAGCACGUGCCGGCGUCGCUCCAGUCGCUGGACCUGCGCGACUGCUACAGCAUCUCAGGCGCCGGGCUGCAGUUCCUGUGGGAGCGCGCGGGCACCUCGCUGCGCCACCUCAACCUCUCGCUGUGCAACCGCGUGUCGCACCAGCCGCUCGCCGUGCUGCACAAGCUCUUCCCCAACCUCGAGAGCCUCGACCUCAGCUCGUGUAGGGGCGUGACAGAGGGCGUGCUCAGCUCGCUGGCGUGCAUGCCCCGACUGCGCAUGCUGUGCCUGCGCGCGGUGCCCGACCUCCCCGACGACGCCCUGCGCCGCUUCCGCACGCUCACGCACAACCGCGUGCUCCUCACCCUGCCCCGCGAGAAGGAGUGCAACCACCAGAUGUACGGCCUGCGGGGUCGCGACCGUUACACUCUCGCCUGCCCGUGAGUCCCCAUGCGUUCACGCAGGGAUCUCCGGGGGGGUCUCGGAGGCUUUCGAGGUCCCCGCGGGGGGCGCAGGGAAGGUGAGGUUGACUGACGUCGGAGAGAUGGAGCCCCCAUGAAGAAUUCUGGGGUCCCCCCGCACCUCCGCUCCUCCUCCCUUCCCCCCAAUUCGACCCCCUCCCCCCCCACUCCCCCCCCCCCUCGGCGAGGGGGCGGCCCCCACUUCUCUUGCUCCCUGUGGGAGACGCGAUGGCACUGCCGCUCCCGCUUGAACUUACGUGGGGGGACGGAGGGGCCCCCCCAAUCCGUGAGCGUGGGCCGGCAUGAGGAAGGACGAGCAAGACAGCCGGGAUGGCACGCGACAUGGUGACCCAGCUGGGCCGGCCAGCCAGGUGACCCGGUGACCUGCUGACCCGAUGACCUGCUGACCCAGCUACACGUGGUCAAGGCAGGCGGAGGCGAGGAUGCGGCCGAACUUUUUGAGUUUUACAGUUUCAGUUGCGAGGGGUGGAAUUUCCGCGAGGUUCCGUGUGCGCCCAUGUGGAGGAGGGGCGCACUUCUGUGGGCGGGUGCGGAGGGGUAGCGGCUGCUCUCCCUGUGCCCCCCUCCCUUCCCACUCCACCAGGACCCCCCCCCACUUCCCACACUCACUGAGCCCCCUCCCUCGUUCCCCAAACAAGAAGCCACUUACUCCAGUCUGGGCAACAGUUAACGGCUUGCUCAUUGGGGCAAAUCGCAAUGAUUGUGCGAGCGGCAACAGCAAUAGCAGCAGCAACGGCAAUUAAUUAUUGAGGUGGAUUGAGGUGGAUUGGGAUGGUGUGUGUGUGUGUGUCAGCCUGGCUCGUAUGGUAAUCUGUGCUUGUGUGUAGCGUGUGCGUGGUUGUGUUUGUGUGAAUGUGUGUGGCCGCGUGUGGUCGUGUGUAUUUGUGAACAAUCGUACCUGGUUGUACGUGUGCGUGUGGCCAUGGCGUGUGUGAGUGGGUGUGUGUGUGUGUGUUGCUACGUAUGUGGUUGUGUGGUCCUCCCUGUUUACCCCAAGAGUGCUGGAAUUAACUUACUGAGCCAUUUGCUUCUCGGUAACAAAACAAAUUAAGCAACACAGUGGGGUGGGCGUGGUAGAGAGAGGGGGAGAGAUAUGCAGGGAAAAGUUAUUGUUAGGAGAGGAGACGGGCAAGAAUUAGAACGGAGUGUUGGGUGAGGGGCCCAUGACCUCCACAACCCCGCUGGUCCCCAGGCAGGGGAGGGGUGGGGUGGGGGGGUGGGGGCUCCUGUCACUCAGAACCAGUUGAGGCUCGCGCGGAGAGCCACGCCGAGUCACAGAGUUUGCCGCUUUCGCUUGUUGGCAGUCAGCGGGACAACAGCAAUGAUAGGUAAUGGCAAUAUAGGUAAUUGAUGACUUAUGAAAUCGGGUGAGAUCCCAUCGAGACGUGGACAUCAAAUACAGGGUGGGCUGGUGGAGGAUGCCGGUGUGAACAUCGUGACAGGAGCGGGGGGGGGGGAUCCACACGUGUACCGACUCGGUGGAGACCUGUGGCCCGCGCGGUGGCGUUGUAUAGGUGUAGCGAUUCAGCCACGCGACACGUCCCCCGGAUCUCGAUCACAAUCCCUGAAGCGGUCGCUCUUCUUGUCAGUGCCGUCAUUUGUCCCGUCGCAUCUGGACGGGCGCGCCAUGUCCCCGUGUCUCGCUCAUUUCCACCGUUUGUCUCGUCCGUAGUGACCGCUGUCCCGUGUAAUGUUUAGUCUGGACUGUUUGUUUACUCUGGACUGUUUGUUUACUGUUUCUGGACUGUCGGUCAUUUCUGUACGGCAUCUCCCCAUUUCUACCGUUUGUCGCGUUUUCUUUUUUGUCUCAUUUGUUCCAUCUCGUUGGUUGUGAUUAUCAUUCUGAAGGGAAAAUCCUGAGUGUUAAUUCGCACACAGUCAUAAAAUAAUGUAUCUUUAUUUGGCAUCGAUCAGCACCCCCACGCCGGUCUAUGUAACACCACCCUCAGCAUCCUCCCCGACUUAACUAAAAUUCCUCUCUGCAGCGAAGAGGCCACCGAAUGGCUCUGGCUCGGCUCUGGCUCGGCUCUGGCUCAGCUCUGGCUCGGUCUCCAACCCCGUGGCUCAGCUCGGGCUUUGAGCCAGCCGCGUGGUUUCCUUUGAAGGGUACGCGACGAGCAUGCGGCUCUGUUGUGGCCUCAGCGCAGGCUCCGCACGCAAAAUCCCGAGCACUGCUGGGGACUGUGCUCAGAGCUGGCUCGAGUUAAGUGGAGGAUGAUGACUUUCAGCCCGCUCACUUGAGCCAGAGCCAAGCCUGAGCCACGAGUUAUGAACGUGGGCCUAAAUUUUUUUUGUUAUUUCAAGCGCCGAGUCACCUGGAAAACCAGUCGUCGUCGCUUCUCAGCACAAACUGUUAGCGGCAGAAGUAGCAGAACGUCACUGUAGUAAUUUCUUUAAUCUAUUCGUUUAAGUUUUAUUUUACGUUUUUUACAGCGGAGCCAUCAUCUCUCUUGCUGGGUGAUGGCGGGGCGGGGGGGGGGAGUCGUUUAUACGCAGGAUUUAUUCCCGGGUUUUUGCACUUUUUUAUUUUGUAAUUUCGCCCAAAUUUGUGGUUCAAUUUCCGACUGGGGUGAAUCUCUGUCAGUAGCGUUUUUUUGUUCUCCCCUCAUUCUUCACAGGGUUUCCUCUCAAAUUACCCACCAAAAACGAAUACACAAACACAAACCUUACAACGCCAAGUUUUUAAAAACUUGCCCUCAAAUUACUCACCUUACUCGGCUCCCCCCCCCCCCCCCCUACUGGCAGACUAACGGGCAUCGCCGAGCCAGCCGCUGACGUCACCGUAUGCCGCACAGGGACAGCUGCCAAUGGGGGGGGGGGGGGGGGGCCCUGCGCUCCGAGACACUUUUGUUGCGUGUUCGUGGACGAUGCGUGUUGCUUCGUAUGUCGCGAGCAGUGUUCCGCGGUGAAUCGCUACAUGCCUAUUGCAGAGAGUCAGAUGACGAUGGUGGUGUGGUGAUUAUGGUGGGGAGGCGGGGGGGGGGGGGUGCUCGGUUCUGAGAUGGCUCUGGACUGCCCUGCCGCUUGUAAAUAUGAUUUAUUUAUGAUGACAAUGUUGAGGGCUGGUGCCAUGGAACGUCUGUCCGCUGGUGCCAGCAUUGGACCCCACGCGCCUGUUCACUCUGGGAUGUCGCAUGCGCGUGCAUUUCUCAAUAAAAACAACGCUUACUGAUUUGUUUA